AGACCCCCUCGCCCGCGUCCACGGCGCGGUCUCGGGUGAAUUUAUCGUCCGUCGCAGAAGAAUCCUUUACCCUUCCGACCUCAUCAAAAACUUUUCUUGAGCGAGGAAGGAAGAACGGAAAGGGCAAUAUAAUUGUUAAUCUCCAUCCAUUUGGAGAGAGGAAGGAGAAAAAUGGAUCAGAUGAUGAACAAGAUGGGGACGUAUUGGUUCAACAAGAAAGCCACCAAAGAGCUCUCCACCGUUGGAGGCGAGAUCAACUCAAUUUCUAACAGCAUCGAGGGGGGAACAAAAUGGCUGGUGAAUAAGAUUAAAGGAAAGAUGCAGAAACCGUUGCCGGAUCUACUGCAGGAAUAUGAUAUGCCGAUCGGCCUCUUCCCUAAGGAUGCCACCAACUACGAGUUCAAUGAAGAGACCAGGAAGAUUACUGUAUUUAUACCCUCUGCAUGUGAGGUCAGUUACAAUGAUUCCUCUGUCUUGCGGUUCUUCACCACUGUGACUGGGUAUCUGGAGAAGGGAAAGCUGACCAAUGUUGAAGGGAUGAAGACAAAAGUGCUGAUCUGGGUAAAAGUUACAUGCAUCAUAACUGAGGGGUCAAAGCUCCAUGUUACUGCUGGCAUGAAGAAAACCAGGAGCAGGGAUGCCUAUGAGGUCCUUAGAGAUGGCAUCAGAAUAGACAAAUUUUAGUUUGAUGUCAAGAUAGCAAGUGAUGCCUCUAAAAUGUGCAAUAUGUUGGCCUGCAAGCCACAGGUUUCAUGGCAGUGUAAGUCGAGUAUGAUGCUCUUCAUGUUUAAAUUCGCUUCGCAGGAAAAACAAAAAAAGAAUUUCCUGUCUUCAUGUAAGAUCACUACCCUGAGUGUCAGUUUAUGCUCCUAUGUUAUAAGAAUUUUCUAUAGCUAAAUAUAUGGUUGUUGAAAUUGGAUGAG